AUGCUCGCUCACCGGAUGCGUCCCCUCACCGCCGCCGUCCUCGGCCUCACCCUCGUCGGCCUCAUCGUCAACUACUCCAUCUCCGCCUCCAACUCCGCUUCCCUCCAGGCCCUCACCGACUCUGCUAAAGCCCGUCUGGCCUCCUACACCCAGUCCGCUGUCGACUCCUCCUCCUCCUCCUCCUCCUCCUCCUCCUCCUCGGCCCUCGCCUGCAGCGACCCCUACCGUCUCCCCGGCUACCUCUUCAUCGACGAACAGCAGGUCCGCGCAACCCAAUGGGUCCCCUUCCCCGGCACCGGCGCCCUCGACCUCCCUCCCCCCCAAUCCGCCCGCUACCCCACUGACGAGAUCCCGCUCUUCACAAACAACCCGCCCCCUCCUGAAAUCAUCUCCGCCGGCCCCCACAACUGGUUCACCGAGGCCCUCAACUACAUCACCCUCCUCGACUCCAUCAAGGCCGCUUCUGCUUCCUCCUCCCCCAUCGCCCUCUCCGACACCCAGCAGCGCCUCAUCCGCCGCAUGAACUGGCUCCACAACAGACGCGUCCUCGUCCUCGGUGACUCCGUCGACCGCAUCAUGAUCCAGGAGGCCUGUCGCGCCCUCGGCUCUCGCGCUACAUUCACCCCCGGUCCCCUCGGCGGUAAGCACACCACCUACAGCUGCCAGCUCCGCCAACUCAACUUUACAAUCUUCCACUGGCACGUCGCCUCCAUGUACCCCAUGCGCCCGUCCUGGUGGUGGCUGCCAAAUAUAAAAACCGUCGCCUUCGAAGACCGCUUCCCGCUCCUCUACGACCACGUGCGCCCGAACGUCACCGGCCUCAACGGCCUCACCCCUGACCUUAUCCUCUUCCAAUCCGGCCUCUGGGACGAACGUGCGUUCCGCGAAAGCUCUCGCAACAUGGUCUAUCCCGGCGACGAGAAACUCACUCCAGAAGAGCUCGAGGUUCAGAAAUCAAAGCGCAGAAGAACCGGUCUCGGUCGCGAAGGCCGCCAGCUCUCCUGGGACGAGCUCAUGUUUUUCAAAGCCCGCAUGGAGAAGUUCAUCGACUACAUCCGCGACUACUUUGGUAGCGACGCGAACCUGCCCAUGAUGUACCGUGGUCUCACUACCCGUCGUGAGUCCGACGUCGCGGAUCUCGCGACAAUAAACAUGGACCGUCUCUCGCGCACUCUCGCUGAACAAAAAGGCAUCGAGAUCUUUGAAUGGGCCCGUAUGACCGCUGGCUUUUCCGACCAGUACCUCGACUACCUGCACAUCGACAAGGGCCCUCUCAACGCGCUCUGGUCAAACAUGAUCUUCCACUACCUCUUCCGAGCCGCCGGAGGCUUAGACUAUAACGGAACCUUGUACAAGACCCCGGAUCCCGUCGGUCAGUAUGUCUUUGAGGGACAAGGCGCUACCUCGGUGCCGAACAUCGUCAUCCCUGAAAACCCGGAUACCCAAGUGAGUUCGCACUGGGCAGAGUGCCAUCCCUACAACGUCCACUGGGGAGGCAGGUGA